AUGAGAAUCAGCGAGCUUUACAUCUACCCCAUCAAAUCUCUCCGUCCGGUUAGAGUCACAGAGGGCUUGCUGACCGAUCUGGGCUUCACGUAUGACCGAAGGUUCAUGCUGCUCAAAGUAACACCUGACGGAAAUGGAGGUCCGUCAAAAAUGGAGAAUAUGCACAUCAGCGAAUUUCCCCAGAUGGCACUUUUCCAUACGACACUGGAGAUGUCAGAAAGCUUCGCAGGCAGCAAUAAAGUCGUCGUAACAUAUUGGCCUCCCAGUCAAGAAGAUCUUACUUUGACCAGCGCGGAGGGGAAUCAACUUGAUCAUCAAGACAAGACCGUACCUUCAACCUCUCACGCCUCCGGUACUGAUCGUCUUGAGAUUCAACUCGUACCAGACUUCUUGCACCUGAACCCUAUCACGGUGACCAUGCACAAGAGCUCAACAACUGCUUCUGAUAUGGGCGAGAAGUACAACUCCUGGUUCAGUGAUCGGUUUGGAUUUCCAGUCGUGCUGGCAUAUCUUGGCCCAAGCACCCGCAACGUCCUGGGAAAUCUCACCCCGACAUAUCCCAUCCGAACCUCACGAUGGAGUGAAAUACUUGGGAUGUCGGCAAUCAAGAGUUUCAACAUACCCGGUCAUCCGCUCUUCCGGCGCUUGACUGCCUUUGUUCUAUGUUUGCUAUGUUGGUCGUCUCUCCCGCUUGACACCAAGGGACUCUCCAUCAUGGCAAGCAUUAGCAUCAAUGUAGUGGGGGUCAUCGUCAUGUGGAUCGGAAUGAGUAUCUUUCUGACCAUCUUGAUGAAUAGACACAAGGCCCAAAUCGGAUUUGCGGACUGCGCGCCAUUAUUAGUGAUAUCGCAAACGUCCGUGGACGACGCCUCUUCUCGUGUGGCUGAAGGACCAAAAGUUGACUUGACUAAGUUUCGAGCAAACGUAGUCAUUUCAGGGGCCAAGGAAGCCUACGAGGAAGACUUCUGGGCGGAGUUGAGUGUCGGAGAGGACAACCCUGGGAAGGUGCGCCUGCUGCUUACAGGGAAUUGCGUGCGCUGCCGGAGCUUGAACGUGGAUUUUGACAAGGGCAAAUUCACAAACAAGGGAAAUGGGAACUUGUUCAAACGGUUGAUGAAGGAUCGGAGAGUCGACCGAGGAGCAAGAUUCAGUCCGGUCUUUGGGCGGUACGCGUUCCCCGAACGAGGAGCUGUCGGGUGGACGAUCCGAGUUGGAGAUGAGGUGAGGGUCUUGAAGACGAACACGGAACGCACCGUGACAGAUUGGCCCGGCUUGGCAUACUAG